AUGUGGCAAGAGGCGCUCAUCAAAUACUACGAGGAAUGCGGUACUGAUCUCCGUACCAUCCACCCCUCUAGAUUCACGGUGGCGCAUAUCGUCGCCGAGCAAGAUCACCAACUCCUGCUUUUCAACCAAUUUCGCCACGAUAAGGGCAAGCUUGACAAGCUUAGGACCCUCAUCUCAAGCAACUCCGAAAUCAUCCAGGGCGUCGCAACUCAUAUCGCCGAAGCUGCGAGCGCAGCCUUCCCCCCUAGUGCCGCGAUUCUGACGGCCUUCAACUACGUUCUCAAUGCGUCCAAGGCCGUGUCAGAAGACUACGACUUGAUUGUUUCCUUCUUCGACAUCAUGAACUCCUUCCUUGAACGUGUAUCGAUGCUCGAGAACCGCAUGCCCAACGAGUGGCAGUUCAAGAAGUUCCUCGUCAACGUUUUCUCCGCCAUGUUGACCUUGAGCGCCAUCGCUCGCAAGUGCCGCCAAAAGGGCCGUUUGAGCAAGUGGGCGAAGGCGCUUAUUGAUGGAAGUGACCCGAAGCUGAAGGCUGCUUUCGAUUCGUUGCACAUGCAUCUCGAGCGCUUCGAGUCGGCGACCAUGAUCGCGACGCUGAAGCAAACCAUUGACACGGCCAAGAAGGUCGAGGGCAUCGGCCAGGAUGUGAGGAACAUCCAUGCCGGGGUCCAGCAAAAUCUGGCACUGUCGCAGCAAAGCUACAUGGUAGGCCUCGAGACAAAGGGCUUCGCUAAGGAUGCCGCCUUCACUAGCCACGAGAUUCUCACUGUUGUCAGCCGUCAGGAGGAGCGCGGCGCUGAACAUGCCGCGGGCUUGCAGAAGGUGGUAAGAGCCUUGAAUAAGAUGUCCGGGACUAUGAGCGGCCAAGAUUCUCGACUUGUUGAUGCCGGUGCCCGCAAAUCUGCUGCCAUGCGCACACUGGAGAACCGUCUAUCGUGUAACUUGGAUGACAGGGCCCAGCUCACUGAGAUUGAGAACGUAUACGUCAAUGGAACAUAUCAGUGGUUCCGCGAGCAGGAAAUAUAUCGCGACUUUGAGUGCGGGAACUUGCCCCUGGUGUCCAUUUCGGCCGCCCCUGGCAUGGGCAAAUCCUCGCUGUCUUACACUGUCAUCAGGGCAUUGCAGGAUGAAUAUAUCGGAGAUCCGACGACCUCCGUCGCCUACUUUUUCUUCCGAGAAGAUGUAGACGAGCUGACCACCGCGUCCCGGAUGCUGCGCUCCUGUGCCGUCCAGGUCGCUCGCCAAGAUGUCAAAUACCGAGAAGAAGUCUUGACGGACCUCCAGUUCGAAAUUAGGUACCCGGAAGAUAACAACGAUGAACUGAACAAUGAUCAUCUCAGACUCUGGCAGCGGCUGUACAAGAAGAAAUUCGACAAAAAGUCGUCCCGACGCCUUGUCUUGAUUCUUGAUGGUGUCAACGAGGCGAAAGAGGAUUCGCGAAACUAUCUCGAGGAACUCUUCAAAGAGGUUUGCGCUUCGAAAGACCUGAAAAUCCAGAUUCUGUACACGUGUGAUCCGGGUAUUUUCCAGAUAGAUUCCGAGUCAAUUCCCGUGAAGAAUUUCCAUUUGACCAAGGAGCAUCUGCUUCCCGACAUCAAAACUGUCAUCUUGGCACGGUUGAAAUCCCUCAGUCGACUUCGCAAGCUGUCUCAAAGGACCAAGAAGAAGAUUGUACUGCGCUUAACGAAGCAAGCCGACACGAUUCGCUACAUUGAUCAUAUGUUGCGCCGACUCAAUCAGAUUGGUCGGGAGAAGGCUGUUCUGCGAGAAUUGGAGGCCUUACCCACUAGCACGGCGGAUUUGUAUAGAGUCCUCCUCGCAGAUUGUCAGAAAUCUCGGUCCGAUCAGGACAUCGAAGUCCUCCGCAGAUUUUUUGCGUGGCUGGCGUAUUCAAAGGAACCGCUGAGUCUCGGAGCUGCCAACAAACUGCUCCAUUUUAUCGCCAAGGACAACAAUAUCAGCAUCGAUGAGGAACUUGACCACCGAUGUGCCAGACUUCUUCGUCUCUCAAACUCGAAUGAGACGGAAGAGAAUGAAGACGAAGAUAGCGAUGCCGAGAGCGAUAAGUUUGACGAUGACAAGAUAAAUGAGAAUGAGGAGAACUAUCAAGAAGAUCUCGAAGUAUUCCUGAGUUUUCAGGAACGAUCUCUUCGAAGUUAUUUUCGACCACGCACCAACGCAAGCGAUGACAAACUCCGAAGCUCGCGCUCGUUAGGACACGCCAUGAUUCUCGAGAUAAUUCAUUCCAUCCUGACUUCGGAGGAUGAAAAGCCGAGUUUCGCACAGGUGGAUCUUUCCUACUACGGCGUUCAAUUUUGGAUACAGCACUUGCUGGAAAUCGAACCGGACGACCUGACCCAGGACGAGUUGGUCCGCACCAUUGACUCCAUUUGUGGGAUCCUCUCUAACAGGGGAGGUUCCAUUCGGAAGAUGGAGGAGCAUCUCCAGUACGACUUGGGUGUGGCCCCCUGCAGUAUCCUGGGAAAUACUGAAGAGUCUCUGGGCAAGGCGCUGACGUGCAUUCAAAAAUGGGCCGUGAAGGCGACGCAGCUUCCGUCUUCCUCCAUCUCGGGCGGCACUGUCGCCUGGAUGAGGCCGUUCGCACGCAAUCCCAAGGCAAUCCAUAUCAAAAUUGCCGAUGCACACGUCUCGAACUGGCUGGCGAGCUACGAUGCAGAUUGGGAUUACCUCAUUUAUCGGCGCUUCGCAUUCGCACAUGAGGCGUUGUAUCUGGGGCGCGAACUGCCGGCGGUACAGCAGAAUGAAUCGCUGCGAAAAUAUUGGGAAACUCGAGGUGCUGAGCCUAACACUCAUAUCUUCUCCAAGGAAUCAUUUAUGGCGGUAUCAAGGGCGUUUUUGCACAUUGAUAUGACUGCACAAUCAUACAAAUCCAUCGGUGUCACGAUGGUAUUAGCUGAUUUGAAGGACGAAGGCCUGGAGCAGCUAAGGCUUGGUGCCCAGAGUGCCGAUACACCCCUCGAUUCCUUAACCAUCUUCGCCAAGAUGGGAGAUGCGAUUCUCGACAUUGUCGACCGUAUGGAGCCACCGAAAUCUCUGGAUUCCAGCGGGCAUAACAGCGCAGGGCCCAACGGAACGACGGAAGAGAAAACCGCUAAGCCGAAUCCCAAAGUCGGUGCCCAGGAAGGCGCAGAUCGUGCCAAGAUGGAGGACGCCAAGCCAGACACUGGGAGUGACAAUGAAGCAAAGACGAAGACAUACGAAGAUUGGGUCCAUGAGGCCCUCGAUGUUUUAUCCUCUGCUCUGGGUGUUGUCGACAAGAUCCCCCCAAGUGACCUUGAGAACCUCAGAGUGCAACGCACCAUUCGGGAGAUCUGGCUUAUGAAGGCCCAGGCGGAGUUGUACCUCAACAACGCAACGAACACUGUGAGCUACUGCCAUAAAGCGAAGGCGGUCAUCGAGACCGACGAAAGGGUCACAGGACCCAUCGCAACUAUCGUUACCAGAUUGGCCAAGAUGGAGGAAUGGGAGAAGCUAAUGGACGUGCUCCGACCGCUAUGUCUGAACAAGUACGAUGUCUGGUACUACAUUUACCAGUACGGCAACGAAAUCGACCGGGCAGCUAAAGAGGCCGGUCGGGUCGACAACCUUAUCGACUUAUAUAGGGAAUGCGCGAUGCUGGAAGACUUGCGUACCUGGCCGCUCACCACAAUGCAUGGUUGGGCUGCCUUCUACCAGGAGGUAAUCGGCACGAAAGAUGCAAUCCAGAAGGCGAAAGCCAUCCUGAACAAGAUUAUUGAUGUGAGCACGGUCACGUCCAAUAUCACCACGGCAUCUUUCCGUCUUGCAAACAUCCUACUGCAGGAGUUCCGUACCACGCGUGAGCCAGCAGAAAAGCUUGCCGCAUACCGAGAGAUGCAAGCCCUAGUAAAGCGUGUCGGUGAUAUGAUGGGCAGCGAUUUUGAUUCCAACCAGUCUCAGAAUAUGAUGCCGCUGGUCUUGAUGAUGCGUAGGCUGGAUGCUUAUGAGUACCAUCAGAGCCUCGAUCGGAUGUUCAAAGGCUGCAUCCAGGCCCUUACGGACGAGGUGUCAUGGAACGACAAGGGUAGUUUCCGAGCCCUGGCCAAGACGCUUGCAGUGGUUGGUCUUGAAGAGGAUGCCCGAAUUGCUGUUACCUGCCAAAUAUACAUCACCGAUAUGGAAGUCCACAAGAAAGACCGUUCAAUGAGCGAGAGCGAGCCUGACAGUGGAGACACGGGCGGCCACUCCGAGAAAAGUAAUGGCGCAUUGGCGGAGACUGGAUCGAAUGGAUCUGGAUCUUCCGAAAAGCAUCGCGAGGAGGAGAAAAAGAACAGUGACGACAAUGAUUUCGCUGCCUCGGAAGUUGACGAGGACCUGGACUCGGCCAACGGCCAACUUGGGUGUGACGGAUGCGGCGAAUUGUUCUCAAACUGGCACAAUGGCUCGUUGUAUCUAUGCUACUACUGUACCGAGCUCGACCUCUGUGAAAAGUGCUACACCAACCGCUCGGAAAGGCUGUCAGGGAAGCUCCCUCCAGAUUGGCGAGUCAUAUGCCCUGCCGGGCACAAACACAUCAAGGCACCGGCCGAGGGAUGGAAGGGACUGAAGAACGGAGUGCUCAAGUUCGAGGAUAAGGAGGUGGUCUUCCGCGAUUGGCUGGUGGAGUUAAAAGAGAAGAAGUGGCCUGAGGCUUGGGAGAGAUAUUGGGAUGGCGAGUCGACCUAG